ACGAGUGUAUUUCUGUGCCAGAGUUAGGGGACACCUUUCUGAGCAAGAGUGGUGGGAAAGGGUUAACUUAUAAAGAGAUCACGAGGGGGUGCGCGGACGCGCAUCGAUAGCGCUGUGAACUGAUGCCUUGGCGGCAUUAAGCUCCGUGCCUCCCCAUCCCAUUCAGCGCACCUUGCCUCUUCCCCGCUAACACGUUUGAUCUUUUGCUGUCCGGGCUGGCUGAGGUGGGAGAGCGGAAACUGGGGCUUGCCUGCCCAACUAGCGGGUGUGUGCGCUGUGUUUGCUGAUGAAUGCGAUAUAUAGGCUGCCAAAUCUCUCCCACUGAAAUCAUAAGAAAUCUGGAGGCGGAUCACCUUUUAUUAUCAUCGUUACCAUGAUCAUCAAUUCUGUGGAGUGUUUGUGGAGCCCGGGGGGGAGGGGGAAAUAGCUCGUGUGCGCAGUUAAAUUGAGGCUUUCUGUUGAGGCAGUUGACCUUCGGAGCACCUACCCCCAGAAGGGGAAUCGGGAUAUUCUUGCGUGCAAAUGACGAGCGGCUUUUCAAACUGAUCUUCGAGCCACAAGAGCGGUGGAUCUAUAGGUUUCCAAGCUUCAUCAUUUUCAGCUGGGCGGCUUAAUAGUUAUAUAUACAGCUAUCGAUACAGGUUUAUAAGGGAGGAGACCAACCAAUGGUCUCAGUAAAUCAGAGCAAACUGGUGUCUGCUUCAAGUCAGUUGAUUGCCUCAGCUUCUAUUCAACUAGCCAACACUUCAAAUGCUCUCAAGCCUGAGAUGCCACCAUUAAAUCUGCUGCAGGAUGGCAGCGGGGAACAAACGUCUAAUCCCCCAGCAAUCUCCAACCUAAUCUGCACAUCAGAGAUGGGUGUUUCGCUGUCUAAGGUAAAGAAGGAUGGGGAGAAACCACAGACCACUGUCUAUGAAGCUUACCUCAAACUACCGGAUUUUUGCACAGAACUCUCUAGGGACUUUAUCCCUACAUUGGAGGAAAUUGAGGAGUUCCUGAAUGAGAAGAUGGCACUUAUCAAGGAUGAGCUGAAUGACAAACAGCCAAUAGGAGGACAGCUUAAGAUAAAGUCUGAGAUCAACUUGGGCAGCCCUGGGGAACAGUCUGUUCCAGGAGUUGCUCCUGCUGAAGGACUUUCAAGCUCUCCUCAGGCUGGAACAGUGGCUGGUGGUGCAGCCAUACCAGGGACUGUGGGGAAUAUCCCUGUUAUUCUUCAGAUCCAGCCCAUCCAAGUUACUGAAGGUAGCUCACCCAUGCAGACCCCUGUUGGUGGAAUCAGGGUAGCCCAGUUGGUCAUCAAAAUGCAAGGCCAGAGCUUGACUAUUCUUCCUCAGGUUGCCCAAAGCCCUAUGACAGGUACAGACCAAAAGUAUGUGCGAAUAGCCCCUUUGCCUAUGGCACUGAGGCCUGGAGUAAUUGGAAGCCCAAAGAAUGUGGAGGCCAAGGUCCCCAAAGCCUCCCCUUCUGUUAUCCGAGUCCACAAGUGCACACAUCCUGGCUGCACAAAGAUGUACACUAAGAGUUCUCACCUCAAGGCACACUUUCGACGCCACACUGGAGAAAAGCCUUACACCUGUACUUGGCCCAAUUGUGGCUGGAGGUUUUCCCGUUCGGAUGAGCUCUCUCGCCACAAGCGCUCUCAUUCUGGACUCAAGCCUUACCAAUGCCAAGUGUGUGAGAAGAAAUUUGCCCGCAGUGACCACUUAUCUAAACACAUGAAGAUCCACAAAGGGUCAUUCAGUUCUCGAAGCCGGACAGCUCAAGGUUGUGGUCAUAGCUAACUUUCCCUUUGUUGCCUUGCCAAGAGAAGAAUUCCAGUUCAAGUCAGAUGACAAAUAAUAAUAAUAAUAAUAAUGGCUUUCUUUGGAAGAGGAGGAAAUAAGGAAUUGACUUGUGUAAAGUCUGUUGGAAAGACCAAAGCCUACCUCUACUUGAACACGCCUUUCAAUCAAGCCCUGCCUGUAAAUUGAGAUCUCUGAUACUCUGAACUUUUCUAAAACUUGUGAAUUACAUUUGUGGGAAAUAUGUGACAAUUAAGGAUGUUGGGGUGGGCAGAGCAAAAUUCUCUGUUUAGAUCUGAAUUUUAGUAUAUGGACUGUUUAGGCCAGGGAUGGUGGAACCUGUGGCCUUCCAGAUGUUGUUGGACUACAACUCCCAUUAUCCCUGACAACUGGCCAUCCUGGCUGAGGCUGACAGGAGCUGAAGUCCAACAACAUCUGAAGGGCCACAGGUUCCUACAUCCCUGGUUUAGGCAUUUUUAAUGCUUCUUCUAUGGUAUAGACAUAGGGCAAUAUUUGAGUGGGAGUUAUAUUUUUUGGCAUUUCUUUCUCAGCAUCCUAUCUGAUCACUCAACCGCUGUUUCUAAGACCAAAACCAACACAAGGAAAUUAGAGUUGAAAUGUUCCCUUGUGAAUGUUUGCUAAAAUUGCAAAAGCUAGUUUCAAAAUCAAGUUGGAUACCAGUACUUGGAAAUCAUAUAUUCCUAAAAGUCCCUCUUUUCAAAGUAAUGCAUACACACCUUUACCUCCCUAAAGCCAUAUUUUGCUACAAAAAUGGGUUUCAUAGCAUUCAAAGUAAUUUGUGUUGAGUGUAAUUGUUUGUUUUUAGGAAAAUUAAUUGCAGUCUGUAUUGCUGUGAAUUGUUACUUUGGCUCCUAUAGCCCCAGUUUAAAUGUUUAUCCUGUGAACUGUAGACUGACUGUGCCUGAGAAUGCUACCUAUUAUGUGUACAUGUUGAUUUUGGGGAAGUGGUGCAUGGUGGGAAAUGUAAUCUGAUUUGCCUCUGAAAUAAGGCAAGCAAGAGUAUCUUCCAUCUGGCCCAUUUUGUAAAGCAAUGAUGAGCAACCUGUGGCCCUCUAGAUAAUUGUUGGACUACAACUCCUGUUAUCCUUGACCAUUAGUCAUGCUGGUUAGGGCUGAUGAGAGUUGGAGUCCAAUCACAGCUUGAAGGCCACAGAUUCUCUAUCCCUGCUGUAAAGGUUGGUGGUACAGCCCUUAAUGUUCUGCACAUUGCAUAAGGCUACAAUUCUAUACCACUUACUGGGAGUGAGCCCCAUUGACCUCAACAGGAUUUACUUCACAGGAGCCAUUUAUAGAAUUGCACUGUAAGUGUCUCACAUGUCUUUCACCUGAGCUUAAUGUUGCUCAUUGUUAUCACAUCAAAGCCAUCUUACAUAUAAAAGACUGUCAUUGGAAUUUUAAUGAAAA